UCCUUCUGCUGUCAGGGCUAUUCUGAAUCCCCAGAUUUGGAAUUCGAAUAUGCAGACACAGAUAAAUGGUUUGCAGAGCUGUCAGAACUGUACAGUUACACGGAGGGUCCAGAGUUCCAGCUGAAUCGAAAAUGCUUUGAGGAGGAUUUUAGGGUCCAUGUGCCAGAUAAAAAAUGGACCGAGCUGGACCACAACCAGCAUCGUACUCAUGCCAUGCGGCUCCUCGAUGGGCUGGAGGUCACUGCCAGGGAGAAGAGGCUGAAGGUGGCCCGAGCCAUCCUCUACGUCGCGCAAGGCACCUUCGGGGAGUGUGGCUCCGAGGCGGAAGUGCAGGCCUGGAUGCGCUAUAACAUUUUCUUGCUGCUGGAAGUUGGGACCUUCAAUGCUUUGGUGGAGCUUCUGAACAUGGAGAUUGAUAACAGUGCCGCCUGCAGCAGUGCCGUGAGGAAGCCGGCCAUCUCCCUGGCCGACAGCACGGACCUGAGGGUGCUGCUGAACAUCAUGUACCUGGCCGUGGAGACCGUCCGGCAGGAGGCUGAGGGAGACAAGGCGGAGUGGAAGACGAUGAGGGAGACCUUCCGAGCGGAGCUAGGAGCCCCGCAGCACACCCACGAGCCCUUCUCCGUGAUGCUCUUCGGGAUGGUGACCAAGUUCUGCAGCGGCCACGCCCCGCACUUCCCCAUGAAGAAGGUGCUGCUGCUGCUCUGGAAAACCGUGCUGUGCACGCUGGGAGGCUUCGAGGAGCUGCAGGCCAUGAAGGCUGAGAAGCGGGAGAUACUGGGCCUCCCGCCCCUCCCGGAGGACAGCAUCAAAGUGAUCCGCAGCAUGCGGGCCGCGUCCCCGCCGGCCUCCGCCUCCGACCUCAUCGAGCAGCAGCAGAAACGCGGGCGGCGGGAGCACAAGGCGCUGAUCAAGCAAGACAACCUGGACGCCUUCAAUGAGCGGGACCCGUACAAAGCGGACGACGCGCGGGAGGACGAGGAGGAGAACGACGAUGACAACAGCCUGGAGGGGGAGCCCUUCCCGCUGGAGCGAGACGAGGUGAUGCCGCCCCCUGUCCAGCACCCGCCCACCGACAGACUCACCUGCCCAAAGGGGCUGCCCUGGGCCCCCAAGGUCAGGGAGAAGGACAUUGAGAUGUUCCUGGAGUCCAGCCGCAGCAAGUUCAUCGGCUACACGCUGGGGAGUGACACGAACACAGUGGUGGGGCUGCCCAGACCCAUCCAUGAGAGCAUCCGAACCCUGAAACUGCACAAGUACACGUCCAUCGCAGAGGUGCAGGUGCAGAUGGAGGAGGAGUACCUGCGCUCCCCACUCUCCGGGGGGGAAGAGGAAGUGAAGCAAGUUCCCACCGAGACCCUGUACCAGGGCCUCCUUCCCAGCCUGCCACAGUACAUGAUUGCCUUGCUGAAGCUGCUGCUGGCCGCAGCCCCCACCUCCAAAGCCAAGACGGAUUCCAUCAACAUCCUGGCCGACGUCCUGCCGGAGGAGAUGCCGACCACGGUGCUGCAGAGCAUGAAGCUGGGCGUGGAUGUGAACCGCCACAAAGAGAUCAUCGUCAAGGGCACAUCUGACUUCGAGUACAUGGCCCAGCACCUGGUGUUUGCCAACUGCAUCCCGCUCAUCCUCAAGUUCUUCAAUCAGAACAUCAUGUCCUACAUCACUGCCAAGAACAGCAUAUCAGUCCUGGAUUACCCCUACUGCGUGGUGCACGAGCUCCCCGAGCUGACGGCAGAGAGUCUGGAAGCCGGGGACAACAAUCAGUUCUGCUGGCGGAACCUGUUCUCCUGCAUAAACCUGCUGAGGAUCUUGAACAAGCUGACCAAGUGGAAACACUCCAGGACCAUGAUGCUGGUGGUGUUCAAGUCGGCGCCCAUCCUGAAGCGGGCACUCAAGGUGAAGCAGGCCAUGAUGCAGCUCUACGUCCUCAAGCUGCUGAAGGUGCAGACCAAGUACCUGGGGCGGCAGUGGAGGAAGAGCAACAUGAAGACCAUGUCGGCCAUCUACCAGAAAGUGCGGCACCGGCUCAAUGACGACUGGGCCUAUGGAAACGGUACGUGUGUGCACGCACUCGCACUCACACUCACACUCACACACACGCGCCCCUUCCCCCCGCCGGGAGCACUUAGCCCGGGGCAGCCGGCCAGGGUGGUGUCUGUCCGGAGCCCCAGGGCCUCUGCUGAUGAGCAUGAAAUGCACCGUGGAGGGGAAGCAUUGCAUGCUGGGACUUGGAGUCUCAAGGAGACUGAGCCCUACAUGAAAGAUCAGGGCAUUGGCUUGGGGCAUUGCAUGCUGGGAGAGGGGCACAUGGGAUUCCUACCCCAGAGGGCUGUUCUCUUGCCCCCCGCCCCCGGCUCACAGCUACAGGCUGGGACAGGGCAGCUGCCUGGCCAAGGGAGGGGAGACGAGGAUGCCGCUGUCCCGUCCUAA